CUACCCCGACGUACGUACGUUCGGACCAUUUAUAAUUUCUUUCCAUUUCCGUUGUCAAAUUCCAAAAAGAAAUUCAUCGGAAAUUGGGUUUUUAGAGGAAGAAAAAUGGAAUCUACGAACAGUUUCAGAUUGAGAAAGCAAGCUCUCAAACCGAUUGAAACAGCAAGAUCAUCAGCAAGCCAAAGAGACGAAGAAGAAGUGAGUAAGAAUAAUGGGCAAAGAACAUGCGAAGAAGAGCCAUUGAGCCCGUCGUCUCGCCUGUAUCACGAACCAAAUUUCAACGUCUAUGUUAUAGCCAUCAUGGGGUGCAAGACGAGAAUUUACCCAGACGUCGUCAAAGCCAACUUGGGCCAUACUUUGCUUAGACACCCUCGUUUCUCUAGUUUGCAGGUCGAGAACAAUGGAGAGAUGAGAUGGGUUCCAACCGAAGUGGAUCUGGAAAGGCAUGUUAUAGUUCCAGAGCUAGACCAAAACAUGGACUCACCAGACAAAUUCCUUGAAGAUUAUGUCUACAACCUGAGCAAAACCACCAUUGACAAAUCCCAACCUCUCUGGGACCUUCAUCUGCUCAACUUAAGAACUUCCCAAUCCGAGGCGGUUGGUAUUUUCAGGAUUCAUCACUCCCUUGGCGAUGGCACUUCUCUGCUGUCUCUUCUACUCGCUUGCACUCGCCAAAUGAAUGAUUCUAAGGCCUUGCCCACCAUUCCCAUCAGGAAGAAGAAAGACAAGAAGAGUGAUCGUAUAGGAAUUUGGAGGAUUCUGUUGAGGUUUUGGUUUGUUUUACAGGUGUUCUGGAAUACCGUGGUUGAUGUUUUCAUGUUUAUUGCCACGGCAUUGUUCUUGACAGAUACUCAGAAUCCUCUAAAGGGUCUGCCGGGAAGUGAGUCUACUCCACGGCGGAUUGUUUACAGGACAGUGAGCUUGGAUGACAUCAAGUUCGUGAAGAAUGCGAUGAACACUACCAUAAACGAUGUUGCUUUUGGGAUGACACAGGCUGGUUUGUCACGCUAUAUUAACAGAAUAUGUAGCGAAAACAAGAAAGAUGGGGGAGCAACAGAAACGAAUAACCUUCCAAAGAGUAUUCGCCUCCGAUCAAAUCUGCUCGUCAACAUAAGGCCAGCUCCAGGGAUCCAGGCUUUAGCUGAUAUGAUGGAGAAGGAUGCUGAAGUAAAGUGGGGCAACUGGAUUGGUUAUGUUCUUCUCCCCUUUACCAUUGCUGUAAGGGAAGAUCCAUUAGAUUAUGUUCGUAAUGCUAAGGCCAUCAUCGACCGAAAGAAACGCUCCCUUGAAGCUUUUUGCACUUUCUAUAUUGCUGACUGGGCACUCAACCUUUUCGGCAUCAAGGCGGCAAGUGCACUGUCCCACAAAGUUAUAUCUCGCACAACAAUGUGCUUCUCGAAUAUGGUUGGACCUGUGGAGGAAAUUGGUUUUUGUGGUCAUCCCAUGGCUUUCCUUGCUCCAAGUUCUUAUGGUCAACCUUAUGCACUAAUGAUAAACUUCCAGAGUUACAUCGACAAGAUGACCAUUGUUCUGUCAGUGGAUGAAGGAACCAUACCCAACCCUCACCAACUAUGUGAUGAUAUCGUGGAAUCACUCCAGAUCAUCAAGGACACCGUAAUGACUAGGGGACUUGCCUAGUUUAGAGAACCACCACGCAUGAUAAGAGGCUAAACAUAAUCCAACCUCAACUCUUCACCAUAGACCGCUAAAUUUUAUGAACUUCAAGCAUUAAUGAUAUUUGUUAAAUAAUGGUAGGAUGAGAACUGUUGUCUGGUUGAGUCACGAGAUUAUUUAAUUUUCAAUAUUACUGCAUAUUAUUUUAUUUUUUCUUGAAAGGAUUGCUGCAUAUUAAUGAAAUUAAUUAAUAGGGUUCAGUUUGUAUU